AUGGGUACUCCGGCUAAAAAGACCCCUUCCAAGCGCACUGCUGCUCACGAUCGUCGCUCGCCUUCCAAGGCAUUGAAGCUCGAGCAGAAUUCCAAUCCUGAGAAAGUCAAGACUCCGACUUCUGCUUCGCGGGAUACUACUUAUUCCCACAAUCUUCCGACUGAUGAGCAAAAGAAAGGCAAUGGACGAGUUACUGGACGCAGCCUGAUUAUGUGGAACCGUCCUCGCAUGGCUGAGAAGCUCAUUCUCCACCUUCAUUAUGAAUGCGUCCGCCACAAGGUCAACAUUCCGUGGGAUGCCAUUGCUCAUCGCCUCCGUCCUGGCUCAUCAGGUGCGGCAGUCUUGCAGCACGUUCAUCGCCUCCGCAAGGAGCUUCUUGCUGAGGGACACAUGGUUCCUCCUCCCGCUCAAAAGGCGUCUCCCCUUGCCCCCUUUGAUCCCAGCAUCAGGGGCUACGUUCGUGAUCCCUCUGGGGAUGAUAAACAUGCCACUCGAGCUGUGCGCUUCGAUGAGAAGAUGGAUGAUGCCAAGAUCAAUCUUCCUGAUGCCCUUGAUGCAUUGGAAGAAGUUGACGAGGAAGACUCUGCUUACUUGUCGUUUUCCACUGUUGAGGACGAAAGUCAAGUCCCGAUCACACCGACUCCUGUCCGAUAUGCGGCUCCACGUCGCCCUAUGUCUGCUCCUCACUCCAGCAUGAAUGCUCGCAACUUCCAACUCGGAGCUAGAGAAGAUGCCCAGCUGUUCAAUAUUGCCCCUCCCAAUUUCCCGCUCAAGCGUACUGAGAAGGGAAUGCAGCCUCAAGGUUCCAAGAAUGCCUCUCCAAUUGAGAAGCAGACUCAGCAAAUGAUGAGUGAAGGCAAUAUCUUCGAUCCUUUUGCGGGACACUUCUCUUAUCCUCCCGUUAGACCCAGUCAUGGACAAGUCAGUCCUGGCGGUCAAGUGCCUCGUGAAGGCGGCCAGCAGCCCUUCCUCAUGGAAAAUCCUUUCUAUUCCCAAUACGCAGCCUACUACGGUAUGAGCCAGCCAGGCUUUAUGCCAAUUCCUCCCCACAGUUUCACUAUGCCUUCCCCUCCCGCUCCAGCUGUCCCCAUGCAGUCUGGUGAGAAGCAGUCCCCUUUGAGCUCCCCAAUCGCUAUCAAGGAGAGAGAAGUCUCAGUCUCGCCUGCUUCUUCGCCAAUUGAAAGCCAAAUCCCCGAGUUUCAGCCAGAGACUUCGCGACUCAUGGCAGAGGGUCCAAGGGAGCAGAAGCUUGACGAGCUUGAUGCUGCUUUUGCAUACAAUGAAGAGCUAUUUGGUCACGCCGGGCUGUUUGGCUGCAACGAACUCUUGAGCAACGAGGAGCCGUUUGGCCGCGACUUGCUUCUCGAAUUUCUUAACUCGAGCUAG